CAUCGUUGAGGACUGGUAUAUGCGAAUGCACUCAUGCGAUGUCUGGGUCUAUUCAGCCACCAGGGCGUAAAUCGCUCUUCGACAAUGGAGUACUUACUGAUGCUGCACCUGCCUGGGACGACCCAAACUGUGCAAUCUGCUUUCCUUCGUUGACACCAUGACCACGCAACCUUACCCAGAGGAUGAAACCUCUAUAUCGAGUACCGAUGCGCAGCAUGCAAUGCUUCAACAAGCACAAGCUGCUGCUUCUGCCGUUCAGACAGAAACCGCAGGAUCAACGAGACAAGAGGCCCCCUCACAAACGACUGACCUCAUCACUUCCGAUGCGACAGACGAAGAAGUUCCACCUCCUCCAUAUGGCGACAUCUAUGGCGAGAUUCGGAACGAGAAAGAUGGCCUAGGCACCAGCGCAAGCGUCACCGAAGACGGCCGUGUUAACAUCCGCAUCAACCAGCUCAACCGUCGGUUAUCUCAAGUCUUUACUCCAGCUUUGCGUGAGCACAUUCAAAGUGUUCAAGAUGACAGCCCGACUCCCCCUGCAUAUAUUCCACCUUCAUUAGGAGGUAAAGAAGGAGUUCCUCCACCUCCAUCCUUGAAUGUGGUUAUCCAGGUGGUCGGCUCGCGCGGGGACGUACAACCCUUUGUCGCCCUCGGUAAAGUCUUGAAAGAGACCUAUGGACAUCGCGUACGCCUGGCGACUCAUCCUACUUUCAAGGCCUUCGUGCAAGAGAACGGUCUAGAGUUUUUCAGCAUCGGCGGUGAUCCCUCUCAGCUGAUGGCUUUCAUGGUCAAGAAUCCCGGGUUGAUGCCAGGUUUUCGCAGUCUAGCGAGUGGAGAUGUCGGUCGUCGAAGAAGAGAUGUUGCGGAAUACAUACAAGGCUGCUGGCGAUCGUGCUACGAAACGGGUGAUGGAACUACCGACGACGACAGUUCGGAUCGCUCUGCAAAGGACUCUGGUGCUUUUCCCUUCGUUGCGGAUUGUAUCAUUGCCAACCCACCGAGCUUUGCACAUAUCCAUUGCGCUGAGAAGUUGGGGAUACCCCUUCAUAUCAUGUUCACCAUGCCAUAUUCUCCCACCCAGGCUUUCCCUCAUCCUCUGGCGAACAUCCAGUCUUCCAAUGCCGACACCCAACUCACAAACUACAUCAGUUACGCUAUGAUCGAAGCCCUUUCAUGGCAAGGCUUGGGCGACAUCAUGAACCGCUUUCGAGCCAAAUGUCUCGGCUUAGAGCCCGUGAGUAUGAUCUGGGCUCCAGGAAUGCUUCAGCGCCUCAAAGUUCCUCAUACGUACUGCUGGUCUCCAGCUCUUAUUCCGAAACCAAAAGACUGGGGUUCUCAUAUAUCUAUCUCUGGUUUCUACUUUCUGAAUCUGGCCUCUAACUAUACCCCUACUCCUGAGCUGCAGAAGUUCCUUGACGAUGGGCCACCACCGGUAUACAUUGGAUUCGGAAGUAUUGUUUUGGACGAUCCGAACGCCAUGACGGAAAUCAUCUUCGAGGCCACGACAAGGAUUGCAGGCGGAAGACGUGUACUGCUUUCCAAGGGCUGGGGAGGCAUGGGUGCGGAAGAACUUCGUAUUCCUGAGAACGUGUUCAUGUUGGGCAACGUGCCGCAUGACUGGCUCUUCAAGCACGUCGAAUGCGUUGUUCACCAUGGUGGCGCGGGGACUACAGCGGCAGGCAUUGCAGCAGGCCGACCAACAUUGAUUAUUCCGUUCUUCGGAGACCAGCCUUUUUGGGGCGCAAUGAUCGCGCGAGCUGGUGCCGGUCCCGAUCCAAUUCCUUAUCGACAACUCACAGCGGACAAACUAGCAGAUGCCAUCAACUUCUGCUUGAAGCCCGAAAGCCUCGAGCGUGCCAAAGACCUAGCAAGCAAGAUCGCUACGGAAAGAGGCAGCGACACUGGCGCCCAGUCAUUCCACCAGUAUCUCGAUCCCGACCGACUUCGUUGCACCCUUGCACCAUCUCGAGUGGCCGUGUGGCGCAUCAAGCGCACUCAAAUUAGACUGAGCGCUUUUGCGGCCUGUACUUUGGCCAACGCCAAUCUUUUAGAUUUCCAUGACCUCAAGCUCUUUAGGCCACAAGAGUAUGAGACUGAUGAAGGUCCUGUGGAUCCUAUCUCUGGAUUCGGUAUGGGGAUACUUAGGACGUUGGGGAGCAUGAGUAUGGGGAUAGCUGAGAUGCCUUCAGAAACGGCGAAGGCUGUUCAAGCCCCUUUUGGACCUGGUAGACAACAGUCUGACACAUCAGUACGGAACGCCGCAAAGAGAAGCGAGUCGUCGCUUGUAGGAGAGAGCUCCGCUUCAUCAAGCUCACAACAACACCGCCAGUCGGGUGCAAUCGCAUCGAAACCUCUUGCUCGUUCUCAGACCGUUCCAAACCUCCCCACGUCGCCAUCUCAAACUUACAGCUUAGCAUCCAGCUCUAACAAGGACAAUGACAUGCUGCGCCCCACCGGGCUGCGCACAAGCAAAGGCUUCGGACGCAUCGUAAAAGCCGGCGUCCAAUCCCCCAUGGAACUCUCCGUUGGCAUAACAAAAGGCUUCCACAACGCACCCAGACUCUGGAACGACACCACCGUCCGCCCCCAAGAAAAGGUCACCGAUCUCAAAUCCGGCAUGGUCGCCAUAGGCCGCGAAUUCGGUUUCGGUUGGUACGACGGCGUCACCGGCCUCUUCACCCAGCCCUGGAAGGGUGCUCAGAAAGAAGGUACCAGUGGUUUCUUCAAGGGGGUAGGAAAGGGUAUUGGGGGUUUCAUAGCUAAGCCGGGGGCGGCGCUGUUUGGGAUACCGAGUUAUAUGAUGAAGGGGGUGCAUAAGGAGGUUCAGAAGAGGUUUGGGAAUAGUGUGCAGACGUACAUUGUUACGAGUAGGACGGCGCAGGGGUAUCAGGAGUGGUUGCAGAGUGAUGAGAAGGAGAGGGAGGAUGUUAUUGAGAGGUGGAGAUUGAUUCAGAAGUAUUUGAAGAAGAAAGAUGGACUUGAUGAGAUGAUGAAGGAUGUGCUGGAUGCACAGCGGCGGGGAAAGGCGGAUGAUACUGAGGCUUAUCGGGAUGAUGGGGCUACGGCGGGUCCAGUCCGGUCUGUGGAUGAGUCUACUCAAGAUCUGGGAACUGCCGCGCUCACAUCACAGUAUGAUUCGCAUGCUGCCGACACCGGUCCCGAAGCACCGCUUGAAGCGACUGAUACCAACGGAUCCAUCCACCAAGCACAUCAAAACACGCCAUGCGCAGACGCUGAAGCAGGUUCCAGUGCCGAAUUACUCCAGGCGAUGUCGUCCAGUGAAGCCGAAGCUCAGCGACACUCAAGAGAAGCUUUGGAAUACGAAGAACAGCUGAAACAAGCCAUCGCGCAGAGUCUCAAAGAGCAGCGUCAGGUGAGCGAAGACGAUAGAUGGGAAGAUCUGGAUAGCGAGACGGCAGGAACAUCAGAACAAAUGGCAGCUGGCAGGAGUAAUGGGCCAGCAGGCGCCCGACGACCCCCUUCGUAUGACCCUGGUCAUCUUGCAGGUACCACGCAAGGUGAAUUCCAAGCGCAAGAACGGAGAGAAAAGACGAUAGAAGAAAAGACAGAGGAAGAGAUUGUGAUGGAGUAUGUCAAGAAGCAGAGUCUUCUCGAGGCGCAUCAUCAGAGUAAAGGUAAAGGCCGAGCUUCGACUACUGAGGGUGAGGACGAAGAGGAGUUGCAAAAGGCGCUGAACUUAAGUAUGCAGGAGCACGAGUAAAUCUGAACGAACGUGAAUAGGCUUGUUU